AUGUAUAAUAGAUGGCGCUAUUUUGAUCAAGAAACAGAAGAAACAGUUAAUCCUGUUAUUGAAGUGCCAGAUAAUAAUCAAGUCAUGGAUUUACAACUUCAAGAGCUGCCUAACAGAGCAAUGGAUGAUAUCCCUGGGCCAACAGAACAUGAUUGGGAUGAAAGGGAUUUUUUUGUUCCUGAAGACUUGGCGUUGGUUAUGUGGCAGGAAACUUAUGGAAGUGAUGAACAUUUGGAUAUUCCAUAUGUCCAAGUUAAUACUAAUCACAUCAUUGAAAUAAAUGUCAAUGAAGAAACAAUUUGUAUUGUCUGUAAAGACAAUACUAGAACUCAUGCACUUGUACCUUGUGGCCACAAAGUGCUUUGUGAAGAUUGUGUUAAUCUUUUAAUUGAUAAGCGUUGUCCUCUUUGUAAUACAGAGUUCAACUUAUCAAUUAGAAUUUGGGAUUAG